AUGGCACCGAGCGCACUUCUACAAAUGCAGACACUCGUCAGUCACUUUUCCCCUCUUUACGGCCAGGGUGUCUACGUUCAAGGUGAUUCCGUGUACAUGAUUACCAAGCUGAGAAGUUGUAGCAUCUCCGUUCCCGGUGGUGGCUUCUCACGACGCCACUCGACUCCAGCUAACACAGAUCUUCAUCGAGUGAUGGAUAUCUCCACACACAUGCUGGGCCAUGAUAGUUCCGCCCCGUCUAGUCAAUUGGGUCAUCUCUGGUCCUGGGACCCUUAUCUUCCUACAAACUUCUCUCUCACACAACCCUUAUCAAAUAAGCUCACCUCUCCACCUCCAUCGGCCCAAUCACUCCACAUUCAACAACUAAAUUCUCAAGCACCUCAAGGUGACGGAAGUCGGUGUCACUACGUCGGGCUCAUUCCGCGCCCGGGAUCGCCCGUGACCUUCGUGCAAACCGAGCCACACCGUCUCUACGCCAAUGGACGCUACGAAUACAUUCAGCGCUUCGUGAGCCUGAAUGCCUCCCACAGUCCCGGAGCCCGCCUCGAUGCCGCUGUGGAAUACGAGGACCAUCAGACGACCGCAGACAAACUCGAAGCGAUGGCUCAAUUGUGCGAUGAGCUCCACAGAGAGAACCAGGCGCAGGCCGAAGAGAUCGCAAAGCUAGCUCGGGACAAGGCCGAGUUGACCAAGGAGAUUGCGAAGAAGUCUCAGAAGCUCGCAGCGCUGGCCCAAGAGUUCGCACAGCUGAUCUAGAAGUUAGUGGACAAGGAGACCCUCUCACGCAGCAUUCGUCUGGUCAAUCAGGUCAUUAUUCAGGGGUUCCACUCUAAGUCCAGGCAGCCGGGGCCGCCUGAUCAAAUUGGGAUAACUUGUUGAGGUCGGAGUGUCAAGGAACGCAGUCGUGGGAUGAGAUGGGUCAAGGAGAGAGGGCACGGGCAAGUGGCAAUCAACUCAGAUCAAACAAUAGAGCAGGCAUGCCUUCGAUUACUCAAUAAAUUAGAACCGACGUGCUUACAAAA